AUGUCCACCGUUACGGUGGAGUACUAUACCCAACCAGGGUACGGUCGUCUACUUGCUAGAGGUGCAGCAGGUCAGAAACUCACAAGAGAGGCUAGAGCCGAAGCUUUCUUCCACUGCUCUGAAGUUGACGCUGCUUGUUGCCAUCCACGGCUACUGCAACAAAAACUUUUCGACCUCGAUGUCUGGUCCGAUGGCAAAUACACCAUCCUAGCACUCUUCAUCAAGCAUUACCAAGCGUGGCGCUACUGUGUGGCCGACUACAUGGACGUCUCUGUGGAUCAGGCCAAAACGGAGCUCAUUCGCAUUUUCUACGGAGGCAAACCCUCCUGCGAAAUUCCCUUCCUCAUGAAGCUCUGUGCAGAGGUCCAGACUGCUGCUCUCUCCAUUGUUCAUCAUCCAAGCUCAAGAAUGUGGCGGGGUCUUUACUCGGAUCGAAGGAAUCCAGAGUUCUCACGUCUCUCUGGCAUUCUGUCAAUGGAAGAAGCCAAAAUGCUUGAGUCAGUGUCAAGUUUGAUGGGACAGGCUAUGUGUGUACUGCUGUUUGAUGGUGCCUACGUGCAGUGCCGUAAUCUACAUGAUGACAUUGCUCUGUGUCAUGGGAUGGAGACACACGACUCCAGGGUGGGGUUGCAGAUCCGUCGGUGGGCUCCUUUGGCUUGCAAGUCCGUUCCUCGUCUUUUGGUCCGUCGAGGUGAAGUGCAGUUCUUUCGGACUGAAGAUGUCGCAGACCUAGGAAACUGUUUGCUGACGUCCUUGUACUACAUGGAAGAUGACCUCGAACUGGAGAGCCUCAGUCAGAGCGAUCUGCGUCACGGUAUGUCCGCUCGGGAUUUCAACUACAUGACACUGGGCAUUUCGCAAGGCGAUGACGGCCAAGCUUAUCUGCUGGAAUGGCUUCCACACGGCUUCAUUCGAGAGGAACUUCCGAAUGGAGCAUUGCUGGCCUUCCAUGAGCCCAAUUCAUCUGGCACUUCGGGACAUUGGUGGGCGGCCAAGAUAUGUGGUGACACAGAGGUCGCUAUCUUCGACUCCCAAGCGCCAGAGUGUCUCCUAGGUGUUGCCUUCACCGUUUUGGAAGACGUUCUUCGUGAGACCCAGACUGCGACUGCUUUCAUACUCACCCGUGCUCACACAGUAGAAACUCUGCGCAUGCCAGAGUCGUCGGUGUAUGACUUGCGUGGAGCCGGCCCAGACGACCCGGAUGAUCUCGUAUCCAUCGCGACUCCUCGUGACACUUGCUUAGAAUGUGCUUCACCGCUGUAUCCUGCACACGACGUCCAAGGCCGACUAUACACAUUGAAUGGCGUGAAGAAGGUCACGGUCACGACCAAGCGUUGCUCUCGCAAAACAUGUCGAACACAUCACCAUUACAACUACAGGAAGGUAGACGGGCAGAUGUACCACAGCCUAUCUCUUGGGGACAUGAAGUACAUCUUUGUGAAUAGUAAAGUCGGCUUUGAUCGCACAUUCCUGGACUAUCACGAGGCCUUGCAGUUCCGAGGAGGUAUCAGCCACAAUGCCAUUGAGUUCGCUCAGUCACAUACUCUCUGGAAUGACCCGGAGCAACACUACCGCUGGCACCGUGAAUACUCGACUGCGCAGCUGUACUAUGCUGUGGUUCAGGAAGCGCAUGAGAUGUGGUGUGAUCCCAGAAGCAACCAAUCAGCCAGACUCUUCAACCUGGAGGUAACUCAGCCUCUCUCCGAGGCCUUCCUUUCUGAGUACAAGGAUUGGUGGCAGCGUCAACAAUUCUCUCCAGCGGAAUGGCGCCGUGUCAAGGAGGUCGUUAUGGACGGGCACGAGAAGGUCGCAGCAAAGUGCCCAGGCAACACGCCUGCCCGCGUCGGUCGUCCCCGCAAGGAUGGCCGCAUCAGACAACAUGAAAACGGAUGGUUCAUGGCUAUCGAUCCCGCCACAGGGCUUGUGAUGUCGGCAACCAACAUGGCUUCACCAGAGAAUAAUGACAUCGCUAAACAAGUCCUACAGAACAUUGUGGAACGUGCUCCCAACCUGGACUGCGUCAUCUAUGACAAGAUGUGCGUAUGUCAAAAGGCAUUCCUGUCCGACGCGAAAUUUCGCCAGGUGAAGUACUGGUGCAUUGACCGCUUCCAUGCCAGGGCCCAUGGUGACACAUGUACAUGCUCUCCUCUCGUCCAUCGGCGCCUGGACCUUCGCCUACGCAAUGUCAACUCGUCCAUUGCCGAGCAGACCUUCUCCUGGUUUCGCGGCUACGCAUCUACCUUCAAUGUGAAGAAUCCAUUGACGCAUGUCUUCUAUGUCCUACUGUACGUCAAGAAGCAUAACCUCUUGAUCCGCAAAGACUACCUUCGACACUUGAACCCUUUCAGUGCUCGUGCCAAGGCUGCCAAGAAUGCUCGGGUGCUCAUCCGUCCAGCUUCGAAGAAGUACAUCUGUCGGCGUCCGUCUGCAUCUUUGUCCUCCCACAGAGUCUUGAGGAAGCCGUCGAAGAAAGUCAUCAAGCAUCACAUGAAGAAGAAGUGA